AUGGGGAGCAGUGGCUCGGCACUGAAGGUCUGUUCUGAUCACCGAGGAGGCAUCAACUGGCUCAGUCUGAGCCCAGACGGGCAGCACCUGCUGACGGGCAGUGAAGAUGGCACUGCACGUCUCUGGAGCACAGCAGAUAGCCAGUGCCAUGGCCACUUCCAAGGACAUGAAAGCUACAUCACCUUUUGCCACUUAGAAAAUGAGGUUGCAUUCACAUGUAGUGCAGAUCACACAAUUAGAAAGUGGGACGUGAUGACAGGCCAGUGUCUGGCCAUUUACCGAGGGCACACAUCAAUUGUCAACAGGAUCCUGGUUGCCAAAGACUAUCUAUUUAGCGGCUCCUAUGACAGGACAGCUCGGUGCUGGAGUGUGGACAAGGAGAAGCAAAUCCAGGAAUUCCGUGGCCAUCGGAACUGUGUUCUGACUUUGGCUCACUACUCCUCCAGGGAUGUUCUUGAUGAGUCGGAGGAGGAGCAGGAGAAACUGAGCAGAGACUUCCUGGUGACAGGAAGCACAGACUGCACUGUUAAGGUCUGGUGGGUGUCAAGUGGGCGUUGCUAUCAGACUCUGCUAGGGCACACUGGGGCUGUUUUAUGCCUUAUACUUGAUGCUCCAAACAGGGAGUUAUUUUCUGGCAGCACAGAUUAUACCAUCCGAACAUGGAAUAUUGUGACCGGCGAGCAGUUAAAAGUGUUCAAAGAGCAUCAAGGAUCGGUUAUCUGUCUAGAGCUGGUGAAUCGAUACUUGUAUUCGGGAAGUGCAGACAAGACGGUGAAGUGCUGGUUAGCAGACACUGGGGAGCAAGUCCAAACAUACAAGACUCACAAACACAGCGUUAGCACUUUGAAAUACCAUGCAGGAAUCUUGUUUACAGGAAGUGGUGAUGCCUGCGCUCGAGCUUUCAAUUCAAAGACAGGCGUCCUGCAGAGGAUCUUCCGAGGACACAAGUUCAUCAUCAACUGCAUUCAGAUUCACAAUGAAUUAUUGUACACAGCUUCCCACGAUGGCACACUAAGGAUCUGGGACGUACAAGGAAUCUGCAAGCGAAACAAGCAUCGCCUGAAGAAGGAGCGGUCUGUCCCGGGCAAGAGCUCUCAGAAGGGAAGUCUGUCUCGUCUUUUCAAUAACAGAGUUGGCUGCAUAGUGCAACAGGAGAAUGGGGAACUUGAGGCUGUUGAACUAAUGUGA